GACCUUUUCCCCGCACCCUCCCCCCAAUCAGUCGCGAAGAAAUCGAGCAGCAGGAGCACGAGCAUGCGAGGCAUGGAGCUCAGGCAGGGCCGCCGCCGCUACGAGCUCGCCGCCGCCGCCGCCGAGCUUCCAGUCCCCAGAGAGGACGGCGGGUCAGUGGCGUCCGACGACUCCGACUCCGACAGCGAGUUCGAGUUCCCCUCCGUGAGCCGGGAGCCCGCGGCCGGCGGGGGCGCGGCGGCGGACGAGCUCUUCGCGGGCGGCCGCAUCCGCGCGUUCUACCCGGUGUUCGGCCGCGUCCUGGACGACGAGGCCGCCGCCGCGCCGGCGGCGCCGAGGGCGCCGCUGGGGCGGCUGUUCCAGCUCGAGCAGGCGCGGGCCUCCUCCGUCGCGUCCACGUCCUCCACCUCCUCGUCCCUGUCCUCGGCGUCGACGGAUCUCGACGGCGCGGCCCCGGAGAGCUACUGCCUCUGGACGCCCGGGUCGUCGCCGGCGUCCUCGCCCUCGCGGCCGCCGCGGAAGAGCGGGUCCACGGGCUCCGUCGCGCGGUGGCGCCGCAUCGGGGACCUCGUCGCCGGCCGCAGCCGCAGCGACGGCAAGCAGAAGUUCCUCUUCCUCUCCGCGCCGCCGUCCCCGGCCAGGGACAGGGACCCCUCCCCCGCCGCCUCCAAGCCGAGGCCGCCGCCGCCGAAGGGAAGCAGAGCCACGGCCACCUGCGCCACCGAGAUCGACGCGCCCGCCGCGGGGCGCCGGAUGUCGUACGGCGGCGGCAAGGCGUCCCCCGGCGGGCGGCGCACGUUCCUGCCGUACCGGCAGGACCUCAUGGUCAUGGGGCUGUUCGCCAACGCGCACGGGCACGGGCUCAGCCGGAGCCCGCACCCGUUCUGAGCCCCACCGACGCGACGAGCCGUCACCGCCGUGGGCGACCCGUUCCAAGCAGGGAGAUUUUCAAGUCUGAAUUCGGGAUUUGAAAUUUAAGACCAUUUUGACCUGGAGGAUCCCCUGCAAACCCGCUUUGUGGAGAUUAGUACUAGUACUCCGUGUGGGGUUUAAAGCGAAGUCAAAAGAACGGGGUGUGAAGUCAGACAAAGCUGGGGAAAUGCUUUCCGGAUUCGGCGCGGAAAUGAAGUCCGAAGUCGGUGGCAGCCACUUCAGAUUUGUGAAGUUGGCAGGCAACUACUGCUACUACGGAGAAAUUGGGGAAAAAAAAGAUACAUGUGGUUGUUUGUAUAUGUGACUUUGUACAUACGAUGUAUGAUUAUAGUAUUAGCGAAGUACUCCUAGGUGGGUAUAUUUUGCGAGGAAUUCACCUUCCCUCGUUUGCAAUCCACCAUUUUCUUUAUUUUCUGUGUCUUUCGGUGGCAUCUAAUUUUCUAGCCACUGCCCACUGUUUUUUUUCUUUUUCAAAUAACCGCCCACUGGUGAGAGGCAAUCAUUGAGUUA